AAUCCUUGGAAGGAAUGUAAUGUACGAUUACUUCAAGAUCAUAAUAUUCCGCUCAUCAGAAGAAAAAGCGGAGGUGGCACGGUAUUCCAUGACAUCGGCAAUACAAAUUAUACGUUAAUAAUGCCUAGAAGUAAUUUUACACGUAAACAUUCAGCCGAAUUGGUCGUAAGAGCUCUUACGACAAAGCUUGGUAUAUCGGCCUACGUAACAGAAAGGCAUGAUAUAGCGAUUCAAGGACUUAAAAUAUCCUUAAUUAUUGUACGAAUAAUUUAA